CGCUGCUCUACUCCCUAGGUCUGGCUCGAGGUCUGGACCAUGCAAGCGUCAUUAUAUCGGACCAUAUGGACGUCUGCUUUUAUAUCCUGUAUUUUAAUAAACAAGUCGCACAAAUUGGAUAACGAAUAGAAGGCACGGAUAGAAGACAAGAGCAUCGAAAGAGAGGCAAGUUUGUUCUGCAUUUUCGCAGAGUAGGCUACCACUCGAGUUUCAGCAUGCUGCUCUGAAGUUCCUAUUCGCCAAGUCACGUUUUGGCUGGCUGGGAGAGAGAGGGCUGUCUGAGAGUAUGCUGGACUGGAUGCCUCGGCCUGUCAGCUCUGCAGUGGAUUAAUAUUAUUCAGGUACAGGAGGGAGCCAGAUUCCUGUGUUGUGUGUUCAACGUGCUGACAUUAUUUGACAGACAAGAGGGGUGGAGCUUUAGAGGUGGACCUAAGGAGGACAACUGUCUGGUUUCUUCUCAGUGUAUGGUGCAGUUUCUCACCUGAUGCUGAAGGGAUCCUUCCAAUGUUGACUCUUUGAUCUUCCCUUCAACCCAAGGGCUUCUAAAUUACUAGACUACAGAGGGGAGUGCUAAAGUAUUAGGCCUCGCUGAGGCAUUGGAUUGAAGUUUGCAAAGUAAAAACAGCAAACGUGAGUGAGUGGCACAGGAUAUCUCAGUUGGAGCCUGCCUGAGGACCUAUCUAUGAGCCUAUGACUGGGGCCAUGACAGCCUCCGACAGCAGCUUCCAGUACCGUGCGCUCUUUGAGUACAAACGGGAACGUGGUGAUGACAUCAGCCUCCAGCCGGGGGACGUCCUGACGGUCCUGAAAGCCUCCCUAAAGGACUACCAGGAAGGGGACGAGCGCAGCCCCAAGGGAUGGCUGCACGGCACCAACGAGCGGACCAAGGACAAGGGCGAUUUUCCUGGGACGUUUGUGGAGUAUGCAGGGGUGGUGAGGCAGGUGCUGCCUGUGGUCAAGCCCUGGCCCAGGCCCGUACCCCCAACCCCUGGGGGAACACAGAACAGUGUCGGGCCCGGGCCACAGCCUCCAGGGGCCACUGCAGCAGGAGGUGGGGGGCCAAGGGAGGCCCCAGAGGUGUGUGCUCUGCCUGAACAGGCUCCUGUGGCGCUACACAGGCUGAUAGAAGCUCUGGAGAGACAAGGCUUGGAGAGUGAGCCACUGUACCGGACGCCCCCAGCCUCCACCGGACCCCCAGAACUGAGACAGGCUCUUGACACAGACCCAGUCUCAGUGGAUGUGGACCAGUAUGAAGUGGCAGUGUUGUCUGAUACUCUGAGGGGUUUCCUCCAGGACCUGCCCUCCCCCAUCAUCCCAGCUGUGGUCUACAGUGAACUGGUCUACACUGCCCAAGAAACUCAGAGCAUGGAGGACUGUGGCGAGAAGCUGAAGAGGAUCCUGGAGUCCCCCAGCGUGCCCCAGGCCAACCACCAGCUCCUGGUGCACCUCACCAGACACCUGGUCAAGGUGGCCCAGAGUGAAGCUCAGAACCAGGCCAGCCCCAGGCUUCUAGGCCAGGUCUUCAGUGAGACCAUCUUCAAACACUCCCACUUCAGUGCGGACGUAAACCCAGAGCACCAUGUGAAGAUCAUGGAGGCCCUGAUUGCAGCCGGGGGACUGGUGGAAAUGCAGGCAGCCCCAGCUCUUCCUCCCAAGCCGGCCAAGCCCAUGACUCCAGUGAGCAGCAGCAAUGGUGUGAAGGAGGGGGCUGGGGGGUCGCUACAGGAAGCAGAAUGGUACUGGGGAGACAUAUCAAGGGAAGAGGUGAAUGAUAAGCUGAGAGACAUGCCUGAUGGGACCUUCUUGGUUCGGGAUGCCUCCACUAAAAUGCAGGGCGACUACACACUAACACUGAGGAAAGGGGGGAACAACAAGUUGAUCAAAAUCUACCACCGGGAUGGGAAGUAUGGUUUCUCCGACCCCCUGACAUUUGGUUCUGUGGUGGAGCUGAUUAGUCACUACAGACAUGAGUCUCUGGCCCAGUACAACACCAAGCUAGACGUCAAACUCAUGUACCCCAUCUCACGCUACCAGCAGGAUCAGCUGGUGAAAGAGGACAACAUUGACGCGGUGGGGAAGAAACUCCAGGAGUACCACAAUCAAUACCAGGAGAAGAGCAAGGAGUACGACCGGCUUUAUGAGGAAUACACCAAGACCUCACAGGAGAUUCAGAUGAAGAGGACGGCCAUCGAGGCCUUCAACGAGACCAUCAAGAUCUUCGAGGAGCAGUGUCACACGCAGGAGCGCUACAGCAAAGAGUACAUCGAGCGCUUCCGCCGGGAGGGCAACGACAAGGAGAUCGAGAGGAUCAUGAUGAACUAUGAGAAGCUUAAGUCUCGUCUAGGGGAGAUCCACGACAGUAAGAUUCGUCUGGAGCAGGACCUGAAGACCCAGGCGCUGGACAACCGAGAGACGGACAAGAAGAUGAACAGCCUCAAACCUGACCUCAUCCAGCUCCGCAAGAUCAGGGACCAGUACCUUGUCUGGCUCAAUCACAAAGGAGUGCGACAGAAACGAAUUAACGACUGGCUGGGGAUCAAGAACGAGAACACAGAUGAAGGGUACUUUGUGAGUACGGAGGAGGAUGAAAACCUGCCCCACUAUGAUGAGAAGAGCUGGUUUGUAGGAGACCUGAACAGAACCCAGUCUGAAGACCUUCUACUAGGCAAACCUGACGGCGCCUUCCUCAUCAGGGAGAGCAGCAAGAAGGGCUGCUACGCAUGCUCCGUAGUUGUGGAGGGCGAGGUUAAGCACUGUGUGAUUUACAGCACGCAGAGGGGCUACGGCUUCGCUGAGCCUUACAACCUGUAUAGCUCUCUGAAAGACCUGGUCCUGCACUACCACCAGACCUCCCUUGUCCAGCACAACGACUCGCUCAAUGUGCGCCUGGCCUACCCUGUCUACGCACAGAUGCCCUCAUCCUCCGGCCCUGCCCCACGGAGAUGAGCACCCCCCCCCCACCCAGCCCCAGGAUGGAUGAGAGGACAGGGGGUGGGGGGGGUAACUAUUACCCAGAACCUGAGAAAAUACCUGAGAUGGGGGGGAAAAGUGGGAAACACUUGCUGCGACACACACGUCAGCCACCUUGGAGUUAUAUAUAUUUUUACUAGAACAAUUGGAGGGCAUUCUUUCUAAAGACUGCUUGAUUUGCACAAGGACGUUUUAAAUGUUUGUGAAUGUGAAAAAACUGAAGGAAAAGAGAAGAGCCGAGUUUUAGGUGACCCUGCUGCAACCUAAACUCCAGCCAGGGCUCUUUUACAGAUUCAACGACAACAUGAAGACGCUCAAUUUUAAGGCUUUGUUUCCUGUCGUCCGUCCUCUUUUUUUUUUCCUUUCCUUUUUCUUUUCUGGUUUUGUUCUCUUUCUUUUUUUAUUUGGACAAUUUAUUUGGUUCACCGCUUGUUUGCUAAAUGCAAGAGAUGAUGAUGAUAAUGAUGUCGAGUGUAUGUUCUCUGUCCCCUUUCCGAAUGAGAAGCAAAAAUUAUGUAGCAUAACAGACAAAAGACGCUUGUUCAGUGUCCCUCCAUAUAGACUGCUGCUGAAGGGUUGGGGGUGAAGGGAAGGGAGAAUCGGAAGGGAGGGAAGAGUCGAGAGGGGUCACAAGCGAGAGAAAAAUGUUUUGUAGUCUUAAAAGAAGGAGAAAAAAAAUGCUUGAUUUUAUACUAACCGUAGAUGGAGAGUGAGUUUGUUUUCUUGAUGGCUGGAUCAUAUUUCCUUUGACACAUUGUAAGUCAUGGUAAAGUCAUGUCGUUACAGUCACCUACAGAGACCAAAGUUGGCAUGGGCAGAAACAAGCCCAUUGUGUUUUUAUUAGUCUGUAUGAAUGGGGAAGAUUGAAAAAGAGUGGUUGCUUUGUUUAAUACCACACACGCGAAACAGAGUUUGGGCCCAGUGCUCGUGCACUAUAAGCUCUGAGGGGAUGGUACGCACAGACGGAGACGGUCGGUAGGUUUGACCGUCUAGACGGCGGUCACGGGUUGGGGUAGAAGCACUUAUCUAAGAGGAGAGCCCAGCCAAGGCGGCACCGUACGGUUUGACACCAAAUCCCAAAACUAAGGAGAAACAAACGACCUUAGAACCAGAAACAUGUUUGUUUUAAACAAAAUAUUAUUUGUAGUAUAUGCUAAUGUCUGUUUAAAACAAACGGGGACUUUAUGUAUCGGUUACGGAACCUUUGAGAUAAAUAGGCUUUGAACUGUUUUAGUGUACACGAAGCAGGUAGGGAGGGGGGAGUAUCAAGUUGAAGACGAAUGCUUUUGAUGAUGAUAAAAACUUGAAGAAAGUGCAAUCCAACAAUGUAUUAUGAUUAUUUAGGUUAGCAGUCACCCGGAGAGCUGAACGAACCCAGCUUCCAGACAGACUCGCAGGAGAGAUAAUCAAAGUGCACAUUGAAGCUUUUGAAGAUAUAUUGCUUUUCUUUUCGUUCCUUUUUUUUUGUUUUGUUUUUGUUUGUGUUUCACUCAAACUUCUUACCCGGUGUUUGACUUUAAGACCAGUGGAAACAUUUCUGUUGAAAAUUAAAUAUUAUAACAUCGCACAAUAAAUAUUGACAAAAUGACAAACGACCACAAUGUGCAAUUUUCCAGUCUAUUCGGUCACCUCUACUCCCUGAUAUGAACCUCUCUAUUCUGAUUGGCUGUUGUUUGGCUACUGAGUUACCAUUGGCUCUCCUUGCUGCCUGUCUAACCAGCAGCCCCUGAGACAGACAAUGGACCAGUGAUGUCAAAUAUGGUGGAUAAAUGAAGAUAGUUCACUCAGGCCGUUUACCAUUGAAAAUAAAUUGACAAUUUCUGGUCUACUUAACUGGGUGUUUCCAUAGACACCAAUAGACACCAGUCCUGUCUACUUAGUUCAUUUUCUUUCAUUGAACCAGAAAAAAAACAGUGAGUGGGUUAUUUCUCUUCCUCAUCCAUCUACGAGUGUCCCUGGGGUCCUGUCUCUCCCAGACAGUUGUCCCCUCCCUGCCUGUUAAUCUUAGGCCAUAUUUAAGGCCUUGUUGACAGGAGAGGGUAGCGCUGCAGCAGAGGGGUGGUUUAGUGACCCUGGAGUAGAACAAACACAGUGGUUUUUAAUCGAGCCCCCUCCAAAUUUGCACCUUACUGGACAAAUGUUUUGGCUCAAUUGGGGGUAAAGACACCACUCCAGUGAGGUUGACUACCAAAAUUGAUCUAACAGAUUCAGAGUUACAUAUUAAAACAACUGGAUUCAAAUAAGCAACUCUCUUGUCACACAAGAGGAAGUACGGUCACAGUCAGUGUUGAAAGCCCUUGAUAAAGAACACAUGCACGGGAGGAGGAGGGAGAAGGUGUGACACUCCCUCUCAAGACUAGAGGAGAGAUGGGUUCUCCCUUAUUCAGUCUCUCCCUGGUCUGUAUGUUCUGAUGUGCCUAGUAACAGCUGUUAGGGUUACGGUGAGGUUCAGCUCUUCUGUAUGGAGUGUAGUGGGGUGUGAUAUGGUGUACUGGGGAGGGAAGGGGGUUAGAGGUCAUGUUGAAUGUAAAACUGGAUCAGGCUGUUCUGAUAGAUGGAAGUUUGUUUGUGUCUCCUCGUCCCUGUUUUCUUUGGCAAGGACCCUCAUGCAGGAUGCUAGGAUACCCUUUUGCUACAACAGUUUCAUAACAAAACCCACUUUAAUCUCUGGACUGGUAAAAACCAGUUUUAACAACACCCAGACAGUAAGCUAGACCUUUUGUCAUUAAUUAUAAUGGUGUCUACCUGGUUCUAAUCGUGUCUAUCCACAUCAGUGGCCCUGCUCUGUUAGGUUUGUCCACUGAGGUAGCUCAAGAGCCUGUCUAUCUUCACUUCAGUCUCCUCUCCUUCCUUAUCCUCCACCAUGGUUUGAAGGUUGUUAUUUUGUUGACUUUUAGUUUUUUUUUUUUUUUACUAGGAGCCCUAUAGGGCCCUAACUCUAUUACUUGAACUAUUGCAUUGCUCACUGUUGAAUGUCUUUAUAUAGAAAUAUACAUAUAUUAAAUAAAAUAUCUGUUUUGUUGUCCUAUAGUAGUGAGCGGGACUGGGUUGACUUUUAAAUAUAUAUAAUUAUAACAUGUUUAUGUCACAGAAACAGAAAUACAAGUAAGCUUCUUUGCAAGGAGGGAAAGAUGUCUCAGAAAUAUACUAAGAUUACGUUUGUUGAUGGGGGGGCUUGUUUGAUAUCGCAAACAUCACUCUUCAGAGAAGACAGGGUGCAUCCGAAAUGGCGCCGUACUUCCUAUAUAGUGCUUGGGAAUCGUGUGCCAUUUCAGACGCAGACACGGUGUGACUCUGUCUCAUCUUCAGUUGUUAUUCUCCACUGUGAGACAAAGCAUUUCCUUUACUAAUCUAUGAUGCUGACAGAACACAUACUAUUUUUGUUUGUGAUUUAGUUGUUCCUCUACUCUUCCCCCCUGGCAUUGAGACCAAAGAUUUCAGUUGACUUUAUUUUUAGCCUUUAGAUGUUGAUAGUUUGAAAGGGAUGUUUGUUUCCAUGUUACAUGUUAUUUCCAUUGCCUUGUUUCCAGAAGAACUCAGAAGUUAAUAUGGUACCGUAGCUUGAGGUAAUCAGAGUGAGUGAAUAUAGUGGUUAGAGUGGUGGACUAGUAACCGGAAGGUUGCAAGUUCAAACCCCCGAGCUGACAAGGUACAAAUCUGUCGUUCUGCCCCUGAACAGGCAGUUAACCCACUGUUCCUAGGCUGUCAUUGAAAAUAAGAAUUUGUUCUUAACUGACUUGCCUAGUUAAAUAAAGGUCAAAUAAAUGUCCCAUACAGUUAGCUAGAAUCCCCUGUUAGUGAUAAUGAUGUUGCUAAUUAGCAAUAAAAGUCAUUAUGAUGAAGUAUAAUAGUAAUGCAUUAUUGGGGAUAGGUGUUCCUUGGUGAUAUUUGAGGUAUUUGAUCUAUACCAAAGAACAUUUGGAUGUCCUUACCAAGCAGUGUGGUUAAGGAGGAUAGUUUGCCACACCUCUCAGUCUUUUGUCUAUUCAAAUUAGACUGAUAGCUUUCACCGCUCUGAAAGUUAUGAGAGAUAGAAGGCAGAUUUAUUCCUAUGCCAGGGUUUAAUUUGAAUGAUUUAGCAAGUCUCUGCACCCAUGAUGUGAGUGGCUUUAUUGAUCUACAAUAUGUGUGCCGUUGGUGUGAUUCCUCUUUUAGUUUAGUUUUGUUAAGUUCGUGAAAGACCUCUUACUUCACCAAAAACACUCCCUGUGUCUGUCUCCUUGUUUUCUCACAACACAGUCAUAUAUUUGCACCCGUUGAUCCAGUCGGACGUACGGUUGCUCUCUCUCCCUCUCAGCUUUGAAAGGAAGUGAAUAAGACAAAUACACUUUAAUUCCCCCUUGUGUCUAGUGGUUUGUCUUAAAAAGAGAAGAAGUGAUUGUCGUUCUUCUGCGGGACAGAAAGCAAGUUUUCCUUAAGUUCUUUCACUCCAGAAUGCAUGCAAUAUCCCUUUCCUUUUCUGUCAAGGGUCAGAGGUCAGGGACAGAGGAGUAAUGGGUGAGAGAGAUGUUCUGUCUGAGAUUUAGUGUUUAUUAAAGAACAGCACCUUUGUGUUUCUGUAGAACCACUGUCAGUGGGAUAUGACUUGGGACAAGGUGUGCUGCACAUACUACCAAGACAUUUCGAAGAGGUUAGGACGAACCCAAAUAUCUUAUUCCCCAAGUUUACUUUUUGACUGUUUUUAAUAGUUUUCUGUGUGAAAACAAAACUCUUACGUUGGAGUACAGGUACAGGACAAUGCAGGCGUAGGUUUCCUAUAGCACCACAAGACUGUUAUAUAGCUAUAAUGUCUGUUGUUCUUCUUCUUCUUGCCCCUCAAGCAGUUCUGCAGAGUUUCAUUUGCAGCAUGCAGCCAGUGGGGGUUUGAAUAUGUUGUGAUUCUCACCAGGAGUCGUGUGUGUUCUUACCACUGCUAUCUGAUCACAAUACCCAGCACAGCUUCAAGGAGUACAGCUUCUUAUUAAAAAAAAAAAAAGAAAAAAGAUUUAGAAAGAAAAAGAGAAAAACAAUUGUUUGUAAGAAAAAAAUGUGUGUAUCACACUGUCCCUAUCCCUCUUUUGACAUACGUACAGAUCCAGCAUGCAUCUUUGGUACUCGUGACUGUUGUUUUUGUGUUUAAAAAAAAAAAGAAGAAAAAAAAGAGAUGUUUUAAAGAAAAACGGUUCUUUGACUGUUCAUGGUGUAUUCCGAUCUGAUUUGAAUCCAGCUAACUAAACAAGUCACUGCUUCCAGCUGAACCAAGUUACAGUCCUAUUAUUGUCCGUUUAUAGCGUUAUACGUAUGUAAUACUGAGAAAGAUGAACGUCACAGCAAUAGAAAACGUGUGUUCAUUGUGGUCUGUUUGGCAUGUUGAAACCAACACGUUUCUCCAUAUCACAAUAUCUGUCAAUGUUUGAGACCGACAAUAUAAUAUGCUUUGAAUGUAAAGCAUUUACUGGGUUGCUUACAGUUACACAACUUGAAACUCACAUAAUCAAACAGUUAUUCUUAUUUCACAGAAUGUUCGCAGAAUUAUUUUGAAACACCAGCAGUUUUUGCUAUGUAGGCUACUUCUUAGACAAACACACAAGCAAUAUGACAUUGAUCUCCUUUUAUUUUUCUGUCUGCUUACUUUAUUCUGACAAUUACUGCUAAGUAAGUACCUACUCACAUAGACGUUCUGGUAUAUAAUUGUGUGUUUCUGGAGCGACCUUGUGGUGUUGUUGCAUGUGGAUUGUGAUGGUGGUGACUUUACCUUGUACAGCCGGCUAUGAGUGGUGCUCGACUCUCCAGACCAAUCAAACAGACUUCUUUCUCAGUAUUACAACGUCGACAUACACACCGUGCUUCUGAGCUUCUAUAGGUAUUCCCUUCAUCAGUUUAAAGUUGUUUUAAUAACGCCACGGUACACUACUUCCCUUUCUCGUAUCUGUUGCAAUGGUUUGUGUAUGUUGUAAAAGCUCCAUUUGUUUCGAACUCAACUCUUGUACGUUAUCAAUGGAACUUCACUAUAUUCAUUUCUCUCGCAGAAUAAAGAAGAUAUUUUAUUCAAA